AUGCAUAUUUUUUCUAUAGGAGAAAUAGGAAAAAAAAUCCUUAAAACUAGUGAAAAGAAAAGAUGCCAACCAAAAUCUAAAAAACUUCUUUUCUCCGGAAAUCUAGAAAAAAGGUGUAAUAAAGGCCCGGAUCAACAUUAUGGUUUAGCUGAACCAUUACCGGACGAUAAUAUUUCAAAGGAAGUAUUAGAAAAAACAAAAGAAAAUUUUAUAAAUGCAUUGGAGUUGGACAGACGUGAACGGUUAGCCAUUGAAGAACAAACAAGGGAACAAGCAAACUCUCAAAUUUGGCACAUUGAACGCAGAAAUCGGCUCACGGCGUCAAAUUUUGGCUGCGUUUGUAAACUUCGGCCAACUACGUCAUGCAAAAAUACUGUUUAUAGUAUAAUAUAUAGAACAUUUUCUUCGAAAGCAACAGAUUAUGGUAAAGCCACCGAACAACAAGCUAUCGUCGCUUUGGAAAAAAAAUUAAAUUGUAAAGUGAAUCAAUGUGGACUUAUUAUUGAUGAAGAUUUUCCUUAUUUAGCAGCUUCUCCUGACGGUCUUGUCAAUGAUGAUUUUAUAGUUGAAAUUAAAUGUCCAUUUGGAGUAAAAGACACUAAAACAUUUUUAGAAGCUAUAGACAGUAAAAAAUUAUCAUUCUGUCGUCUCAGUGAAAACGGUAAAAUGGAAUUAAAAGUGGAUCAUAGUUACUAUUAUCAAGUUCAGGGACAAAUGCGAAUUUCAAAACGAAAUUUUUGUUAUUUCGUCGUUUAUUCGGCAAGUUGGAUAGAAAUACAAAUAAUUACUUUCGAUGAUGCUUUCUGGCAAGACAAAAUGAUUGAAAAGUUAAAAAUAUUUUAUACAGAAUGCUUACUUCCAGAAAUAGUCAAUCCCCAGUACGGAAAGAGGCUGUUGAUAGACGACAUUUUAGAUCCUCAGCAUAUUUUGGAAAAUAUAAAAGCAAAACAGCAAAAACAGCAUAAGCAAAAUUACAUCAAUGAAAAAAAAAAUUGAAACUUUUUCUAAAUGUCGACUACAAUAAUUAGUAUACAAUGAUAUACCAUCAUACUUUAUAUAAUAUGUAAUUGUGACAAAUUCCGACUAUCAAAUUAUGAUAAUAGUCUGAAAAACUACUCUAAUAACUGUAAUUAUGUGAUAAUGUAAUUUGUUUUAUCAUAUUUUGAAUUACGUUCAAUCCGUUUAUAUAUUAAUUUACUAUCAAUAAAUAAAUAAAUAAAAUAUAA